AUGGCCACCAACAACACAUCCCCCGUCGGCCAAGAGAAUAUCAACACCGAUAUUAUCACUCUCUCCCGAUUCUUCACCGAGGAGCAGACUAAAUACCCCGAGGCUUCAGGUGACUUCACCCUGCUGUGCCACGCCCUACAAUUCUCCUUCAAGUCGAUCGCCUACUACAUCCGACGAGCCUCCUUGAUCAACCUGACUGGUCUGGCCGGUUCCUCCAAUACCACCGGUGAUGACCAGAAGAAGCUGGACGUGAUUGGCAAUGACAUCUUCAUUUCCGCCAUGCGCGGCUCUGGCAAGUGCCGCAUCCUUGUCUCCGAAGAGGAGGAGCAAGUCAUCAAGUUCGACGAGCACCCCGAUGCCCGCUACGCCGUGGUCUGCGACCCCAUUGACGGCUCCUCCAACCUGGACGCUGGUGUCUCGGUCGGCACCAUCUUCGGUAUCUUCCAGCUGCCCGACGAGGUCCUCGGGCCCAAUAAGACCGUCGGCCCCGAGCACCUCCUUCACCCCGGUACCUCCCUAGUCGCCUCCGGUUUCACCAUGUACGGUGCCUCCGCCCAGCUGGUCGUCACCAUGCGCGGCGGUGGUGUCAACGGCUUCACCCUCGAAAACUCGCUGGGCGAGUUCAUCCUGACCCACCCCAACAUGAAACUGCCGCCCAAGCGCGCCAUCUAUUCCGUCAACGAGGGUAACUCCAAGUACUGGGACGAGUGGUGCACUCAAUACUUCCACAGCCUCAAGUACCCCGAGGGCGACGGCAAGCCCUACAGCGCCCGUUACAUUGGUAGCAUGGUUGCUGACGCCUACCGAACCCUGCUCUACGGUGGUAUCUUCGCCUACCCCUCCGACUCCAAGAGCCCCAAGGGCAAGCUCCGUAUUCUGUACGAGUGCGCUCCCAUGGCCAUGCUCUUCGAGAACGCCGGUGGUCUCGCCGUCAACUCGCGCAUGGAGCGCCUGAUGGAGGUUGUUCCUGAACACAUCCACGACAAGAGCGGUGUCUUCCUCGGCUCCCGUGACGAGGUCCAAAAGGUCAUUGAUAUGUACAACAAGUACAAGAAAUGA